AGACGGACAGAUGGAGGAGGGACUGUAAUGGCGGCGACCGGCAGCUCCCUACUCUGACCCACGGCAAGCAUACAGCACCGACCCCCUCCUCGCUCCUCUCCCAGCCGGCCUCCGCCCCGCCGCCAGCGCGGGGCCACCCUCCCCGGCCCUUCCCCCAGCCGUCGGCUUCUCGCCCUGCGCCCCGGCCGGGGCCCCACACACAAUGGACGAGCUUGCCGGAGGCGGUGGUAGCGGCCCGGGGAUGGCGGCCCCUCCACGGCAGCAGCAGGGACCUGGGGGGAACAUGAGCCUUUCGCCAGGGGGGAAUGGAGCGGCGGGCGGUGGGGGUCCUCCAGCCGCCGAGGGAGCGGGUCCCGCGUCAGGCCCGGAGCUGUCCCGGCCGCAGCAAUACACUAUCCCAGGGAUCCUGCACUACAUCCAGCACGAGUGGGCUCGGUUCGAGAUGGAGCGGGCGCACUGGGAGGUGGAGCGGGCCGAACUGCAGGCCCGGAUAGCAUUUUUGCAAGGAGAAAGAAAAGGACAAGAAAACUUGAAGAAGGAUUUAGUAAGAAGAAUAAAGAUGUUAGAGUAUGCAUUAAAACAAGAAAGGGCAAAAUAUCACAAAUUAAAAUAUGGCACAGAACUGAACCAAGGUGAUUUGAAAAUGCCAACCUUUGAAUCAGAAGAAACCAAAGACACAGAAGCUCCCACAGCACCUCAGAAUAGCCAGUUAACGUGGAAGCAAGGCAGACAACUGUUAAGACAAUAUCUUCAGGAAGUAGGUUACACAGAUACAAUAUUAGAUGUCCGAUCUCAGCGGGUAAGGUCAUUACUUGGACUAUCCAGUUCAGAACCAAAUGGAUCGGUAGAAACAAAGAACUUAGAACAGAUCCUGAAUGGAGGUGAAUCUCCUAAGCAAAAAGGACAAGAAAUCAAAAGGCCCUCUGGUGAUGUUCUUGAGACAUUCAAUUUUUUAGAAAAUGCUGAUGACAGUGAUGAAGAAGAGGAAAAUGACAUGAUUGAAGGCAUCCCAGAAGGAAAAGAUAAACAUCGGAUGAAUAAACACAAAAUAGGUAAUGAAGGUUUAGCUGCUGACCUAACUGAUGAUCCUGAUACUGAGGAAGCACUGAAAGAAUUUGAUUUUUUAGUGACUGCUGAAGAUGGUGAAGGAGCUGGAGAAGCACGGAGUUCAGGGGAUGGUACAGAAUGGGAUAAAGAUGACCUCUCCCCACCUACUGAGGUUUGGGAUGUAGACCAGGGGCUAAUAAGUAAACUGAAGGAACAGUACAAGAAGGAACGAAAGGGGAAGAAAGGGGUGAAGAGUAAGGUCAGCAGGACAAAACUCUAUCACAAGAUAGCUGAUCUGGGAGAUAAGCUGCCCCUUAUCCCUUCACGAAUGAUUAGUCAGUCUAGUUCAGCCUCUAUUAGAAUGACUGAUCAUGAAGUUGUAAGAGCAAAGGAAGCUGAACCAAUAACGUUUCCAUCUGGAGGAGGCAAGUCAUUUAUUAUGGGUUCUGAUGAUGUUUUGUUAAGUGUACUGGGCCUUGGAGACCUUGCAGACUUGACGGUAACAAAUGAUGCAGACUAUAGUUAUGAUUUGCCUGCCAAUAAAGAUGCCUUUCGAAAGACAUGGAAUCCCAAGUAUACACUACGUAGCCAUUUCGAUGGAGUACGGGCAUUAGCUUUUCAUCCUGUAGAACCUGUGCUGGUUACUGCCUCUGAGGACCAUACUCUGAAACUUUGGAACUUGCAAAAAACAGUUCCUGCCAAAAAGAGUGCCUCUUUAGAUGUAGAGCCUAUCUACACAUUUAGGGCCCACAUUGGUCCUGUUCUAUCACUAGCUAUUAGUUCUAAUGGAGAACAGUGUUUUAGUGGUGGUAUAGAUGCAACCAUCCAGUGGUGGAAUAUGCCUAGCCCUAACGUGGAUCCAUAUGAUACAUAUGAGCCAAAUGUUCUAGCUGGCACUUUAGUUGCACAUACAGAUGCUGUCUGGGGUCUUGCUUAUAGUGGCAUAAAAAAUCAAUUACUGUCUUGUUCAGCAGAUGGCACUAUUAGGUUAUGGAAUCCACAAGAAAAAUUGCCAUGUAUUUGCACUUACAAUGGAGACAAGGAGCAUGGAAUCCCUACAUCAGUUGACUUUAUAGGCUGUGAUCCAGCUCAUAUGGUGACCUCUUUCAACACUGGUAGUACAGUAAUUUAUGAUUUAGAAACAUCACAAUCAUUGGUGAUGCUUUCCUCACAGAUAGAUUCUGGUUUACAAUCCAAUAAUCACAUUAACAGAGUAGUAAGUCAUCCCACACUUCCUGUUACAAUAACUGCUCAUGAAGAUAGACACAUCAAAUUUUUUGAUAAUAAAACGGGUAAAAUGAUCCAUUCUAUGGUAGCUCAUUUGGAUGCUGUUACAAGUCUAGCAGUAGAUCCUAAUGGAAUCUAUUUGAUGUCUGGAAGCCAUGACUGUUCUAUUAGAUUAUGGAAUUUGGACAGCAAGACAUGUGUACAAGAAAUAACAGCACAUAGGAAGAAAUUAGAUGAAUCAAUUUAUGAUGUUGCUUUCCAUCCAUCAAAAGCAUAUAUUGCCAGUGCAGGGGCUGAUGCCCUUGCCAAAGUAUUUGUGUGAAUCGGCAAAAAUCACAUCGUCAACAACAGAUUUGCUUGGACAGAAAGAGGGUCUGCAUCACUGCCAUCAACAAGGUUACUGAUAUGACACUACAUGUGAUCUGCCUGGAGAAGGCUAUUCGAGGCAGGCAUAAAUUGGUGGAAAUCACAUCUUAAUGUCAGGCUCAUUAAUUUAAUUGUAAUUACUGUAUUUCGUGGGACAAAUAAAAAGGACUCCAUUAUUUGUGGCCUGUACUGGAUAUGAACUGAGCGUAUGUCUGUUUUUUAGGUAUCUUUAAGCCAAUGUGGAGUCUGAUCUUAAAAAGACUUUUAUUUUGGACUCUGUGUGCUGCCUUAGGGUUAGGAAUGUGGUGCUCUUGUUGGGGGAAAGUGAGCUCCAAGAGUAGCUUUUUUUCAUCUCUUAGUGAUUUUCUGUUUAUCAGUUGAAUGCCACAGAUUCCCUUUUAAACUUAUUUUGCUUUAAAAAAAAAAAAAGAAAAUUUAACUUAAAAUAUUUUAGCAUUAGUUGCACAAAAUGUUUGGAUAAAAUUCUAGUUUUUAUAAGUCUUUUUAUAUAUUUAGCCUGUCACAACAGUGCUCAAGAUUGUAUUGAAGUUUUUCUGCAUUAUACAACCCUAAAACACAGAGAUCUCACUGACCCGCUGCCGUGUAACCACACUUUUUCCUUCUUUUGCCUAAUACAGCUCAGCUAAGUCCUUCCAUAAAGAUGCUAAAUCACCUUCAUCAUCACAUAACUGUCUUCAUAUAAACCAAGGACUAUUAAGUGUAUUAAAAAUGAAACAGUGGGGUUUAGUACUCCAGAUGAACUCUUUAAAAAAAAAAUGAACUAAUCUUGGCAUCCUAUCACUAUGUGAUAUUUUGUACAUCUUACUGUAUUUACAAGUUUAUUUAUCAAGGAUUAUCCAUCUUGCUAAUAGCCUAUUAUUUAUUUCACUUUUUGUUGGUCUUUAUAUCCUUUUAUUAAUGUGCUAAAGGAACCUGUAUAUCUAUUUUGGAACUCUUUGAAUAGUCUAAAAUAGACUAAAAAUGGAAUAUUUUAUAGUUUAAGUUACAAACCAAGGUGAUUUCCCCCAGAUGCAUAUCUUGGUUUACCAUGAUUCCAAACAAAACUAUCUUGUUUAAAAAUAUUUGGGGUAAAAUUGUAUUUGCAUUACAAAUAGGAUACAAAAAUAGUUGAAUCAGGAUACAGAAAUCUGUGUUUGGACUAGUUAUCCCAUUUUAUUUUUUCAGAUGUGCUUAAUUUUAUGGUGUAACUAAAGAUUUUGUUUGUGUAAUGCAUGAUUAAGACAAUAAAGUAUUUUUUCUAGUCUUCCAAAAACUUUUCUGAUCAGUUUGCGAGUUUUGAUGAGUUUUGUAAGGUUUUUGUUUUACAAACUAUGAAUCAGCAAAUUUUUAAGAUUGUACCACAUAGCAAACGUACAGCUGUUGAAAAAUAAUGUAUAUAAAAUGCAUAUAAUAAAUAUUAAAUUGUGUACCUGUA